CAACUUGGAACAUGGCAAAUCAGCAAUAAUGGCAAGGACCCUUUUAUCCCCAUGUCUUCGACUUGUUUAUCCCAUUCAUUGAAUUCGGAAACACUCGAUGCUCUUAUAAAACUUGAACUACAUCUACCUUUAAACCUACCAAUUCUCCAUCAAUCUAUCUUUACUCUGUUCAAAUGGCAACCUCAUCAAACCCUCUUCCUCUCCCUUCUCCUCCUUAUGCUUCAGAACAAAUACAAGACCAUAACUACUUGUACGCAUCAAUCGCCAACGUUUCCAACUUUGUCUCUGUGAAGCUUUCGAGUGAACGCAACUACCAUAUUUGGAAAACACAGAUGCUUUGUCUCAUGAAGAGCCACAAUAUGGUUGGCCUCGUUGAUGACUCAAUUGUGGGUCCCAGAGCUUCAACCAAUGAGAUUAUCGACCAAUACGACAGUCUUCUUAAAGGUUGGAUCUUCGGUUCAGUUAGCCAAAAUGUACUUGGUGCUGUAAUUGACCUCAUUUCAGCCAAAGAUGUUUGGGAUAAACUGAAAUCCUUCUAUGAUACAACUCAACAAGAUAAAACCCCAACAAAACUAGAAGAAAAAACGAAAACCGAAGACAUAGAUCAUAGGGUUGCAACAGAAGCAAAACCAAAUGUGAAAGACACAAUGACGAUAGAUGUAGAAACAAACGAUAGCGAGAAAGAAACCAAAACAGAAGGCUUAAGCAAGGAAGAAAUCGAGGAGUUGAAUAAAGCUGUUGUGAAGGGGUAUUGGCAUCGAGCAGAACCUAUACUGGAAAAGAAUAAAGAUGCAGUGAGAGUGGCAAUCAAGAAUGACGGAAGCACAAUAAUUCACGUAGGGGUUGCAAUAGGUGAUACGUAUUUUGUGAGAAGAUUACUUUCGUAUGUAAGUGAUGAAGAUGUACUUGAAAAGAGAAGUUCAGAUGGAAGUACACCCCUUCAUAUCGCUGCAAUUGUUGGGAAUAGAUAUGCAGCGCGUCUUUUGCUUGAAAAGAAUAAAGAGUUGUUACGAAUUAAAGAUCAUAAAGGGGAUGAAGCUUUGCAUAAAGCUUAUGAACAUAUGCAUCUUGAUACCAUUGGAUAUUUGUUUAAAGCUAUGGAUGAUGGUGGAAAGACCAAGUCAGCAUCUUUUCAUUUAGGGGACACUGCUCACCCUGAUCCUGGUGUUGAAGUAGGCGUUGACCUUCUUGUUAAUGCUAUUUUUGCAAAGGAAUACAAUUUAGCAUCAGAGUUGAUUGAAAAUUUUCCUAAAUUUGCUGUGAUAAAUGACGGUGUACUUAUGGCUAUGGCUAAAACCUUUCCAAGUGGGUUGGACUAUGGAGAAACACUUAUCUAUCCUUCUUUGAGCAAUCUUUGGCAAACAACACGUUAUGCAGCUGUAAUGGUUGGGUCUGCGGUUCUUGCCAUCCCGAUGAUGAUAUACGAAUCUAUAUGGGGUGAUCCAUCAGAAGAUUUCAUACUCGAAGUACUCAUAAUUGUUACACUAGCUAUACCUACAUUCUUCUAUUACUCCAUAUACCUCCUUUUAUUGAUGGUCUGUUUCUUAUUCCUUCUGCCCUAUUUCGCCUUGUGGAAGGCUGCAUCGAAACUCAUUGCACCCAUAAAGCAUAUUGAGAAAAAGAAGAAAGAAUGUGAAGAAGGAGAAAAGGUUCUAAGAUUGGUAUGUGAUGAAAUAGACAAGUUAGGAUACUCUGGAACACAUCAUCCCUAUUACACUCGACCAAUUCUUGAAGCCGCAUGUCAAAAUACUUAUAAGGUUGUUCAUGAGAUUUUGUCUAGAUCACCUGAAGCAAUUCAAUGUACAAAUAAAAGUGGAUAUGACAUCAUUCAGUUAGCAGUUAUACAUCGUUCAGUUGAAAUCUACAACCUUAUCUAUGACAUUGGGGAACGUGCAGCAUUACAACUACAACGAGAACUUCAAUGGCAAGAGGAGGUGAAGAAACUUGUGUUUCCUACAUACAUCACUCAAGAGAACAUUUUUAAAGAGACACCAGAUAUGGUGUUCACAAGGGAACAUGAAAACUUGUUGAAAGAAGGAGAAAAGUGGAUGAAAACCACAUCCGAAUCAUGCAGCAUCACCGCAGCACUAAUCACCACAAUUGUAUUUGCAGCAGCAAUUACAGUACCCGGUGGGACCCAUCAGGAAACAGGGACUCCUUUGUUUAGAAGUGAUAUCGCGUUCACUAUUUUUGCUAUAUCAGAUGCAAUCUCACUAUUUACAUCUAGUACAGCAUUACUAGUGUUCUUAUCGAUCCUAACUGCACGUUUUUCUGAAAAAGAUUUUUUAGUCAGUCUUCCGAGACGAUUGCUUAUUGGUCUUUGCGCUUUAUUGCUCUCGACAACUGCUAUGAUGGUAGCCUUUAGUGCAACAUUGUUUCUUGUCUUUUGUGAUAAGAAACCAUGGAUGCUUGCUCCAAUAUGCGCAUUAGCUUUGAUCCCGAUUUCAUCUUUUGUUACUCUACAAUUCCCCCUCAUUGUAGAUUUAUUUUGGUCGACCUAUGUGCCCAUCUUUGGCAUGAAAAAGAAAAGUGGAUUCAAAAGGUUUGAUCCGGACAACAGUUUUAAGAUUGAAUUUUGGUGAGUGGAAUUAGUACGUACACAACUUGGAAUCAUGUAUUUUGGUGAGUGGAAUUAGUGUAUUCUAAUUAGAUCCUUGGCUUUUAAGGGUAAUGUAAAUUUAAAUAUUUAAUUUGUAUCGAUUGUAUUUGAUUACAUUUUUUUGGAAAGAUUGUUGCAAUGGGAUAAGUCUUUACACCAAACAUUUCCCUACAAUCAACUUUUGCUUCAACGGAGAAAACUGUGCAUCUUCGGUUC